GUUAGUCGCGGGAGGUAUAAAAAGGCGAAAACAGUCCAAAAUUCACAAGAAGACAACAUGUCACUUAAGGCGCUAGUAAUCCUGUCUCUGAUCGCAGCGGCGGCGUGCAGCCCCGCCGUGCUGCCAAAAAUCAGUAUCGGGGGCAGCGCCAAGGGGAGCACCAACACCGGCGUCAGCUUCGGGAUCGGCGGUGGACUCAAGGGGUCCUAAAUGGCGUGUUCCGAACAAUCAACGGCGUUGCCAACACAGCUAUCGGCGCCUUGGAGGCCGUUGCCAACAAGGUGAUCGGCAGUCUUAUCGAUGUCAUCAGCGUUAUGGUCAACUUGUGCCUGGUGCUGCAAGUGACCCUCAACAACCUGGUGGCCGGUCUCGGCUCCCUCUUCGUCAAACUCGUCGCUGUCAUCCUUAAGAUCGCCAUCUGCGUCCUUGGACUCCCAGGUGACCGCGGCGUGUGCGCUCGAGGAUGGAACGCCAAAUUCGGCGUCAGCGGAGAGCUGUCGGUCGGUGCGUCCGCGCAGGCGUACAUCAAACUCUUCGGCGUCGCCGAUGCGCAGGCGCAGCUCGACGUGUACAUCAACACCCUUUCUGGAGGAAAAGGACUUCAGUCUCUAUCCAACAGUGGCUCCAUCUACAUCGUACUCAACCAACUGAACUCUCUCUGCGGUUACGUCGCCAACUACAAGCAGAUCUCAAGAAGUACCGUGACAGAAACGUUCGUCAUCAUGAUCUCUAUCUCCGCUUCCGUCAGUAACUCUCGCAAGAAAGAUUCUGGCAACCAACUCAUUGACAAUAUCAUACCUCAGUGCGGCAAAUACUUCAAAGGAGCUGGAUACCCAGACAUCACUAGUCGAGUAACCACGAUCAAGAAUACAUGCAGCGGCGCAAAUGGCGACAAUGUCGACUGGGACGGAACCAACGGAGGCAGCACCGGAGGCAGCACUGGAGGCAACACCGGAGGCAACACCGGAGGCAGCACCGGAGGCAACACCGGAGGCAACACCGGAGGCAGCACCGGAGGCAGCACCGGAGGCAGCACUGGAGGCAGCACUGGAGGCAACACCGGAGGCAGCACCGGAGGCAACACUGGUGUCUCCGUAGGCGUCAAUCUCGGUCUUGGAGGAAUCCUCAACGGAGUCUUCAAAGUCAUCAAGGGCGUCGCCAACACCGCUCUCACUGCUUUGAACGCCGUUGUCAACAUUGUUAUCCGUACGUUGAAGGAUGUCUUCGAUGUCGUUGGGAACUUGAUCCUGGUCCUCGAAGUGACCCUCGACAACUUGGUGUCUGGUCUCGGCUUCCUCUUCGUUCGUCUGGUCGCUGGCAUCCUCAAGAUCGCCGUCUGUAUCCUCGGUCUGCCAGGAGACAGCGGAAUCUGCGCUAAAGGCUGGAACGCCAAGUUUGGCAUAGAGGGAGAGCUUUCUACUGGAGCCACCGUCGAGGAUUGCAUCGAGCUGUUCGACCUUGUUGAAGCUCAGGCGGAGCUCGAUGGUUACAUCAAUAUCCUUUCUGGAGGAAACGGACUGCAAUCUCUGUCGAACAAGGGUUCCAUCUACAUCGUCCUCAACCAAGUCAACACUCUCUGCGGUUACAUCACCAAUUAUGAGCAGAUCACCAAGGAGACCGUCACCCAAACCUUCGUUAUCAUGACCACUAUCUCCGCUUCCAUCAGUAACUCUCUCCAAUCUAACUCUGGAACCGAAGUGAUCGACAACCUAGUUAGCAAAUGCGGACCAUACUUCACACAAUCCGGAUACACAGAUAUCACCAUUCAAAUAACCGUCAUCAAACGAACUUGCGAUGCUGCCAACGGUGACAAUGUUGACUGGAACGGCAAUGGUAACAACGGAGGCAGCACUGGAGGCAGCACCGGAGGCAGCACUGGAGGCAACACCGGAGGCAGCACCGGAGGCAGCACUGGAGGCAACACUGGUGUCUCCGUAGGCGUCAAUCUCGGUCUUGGAGGAGUCCUCAACGGAGUCUUCAAAGUCAUCAAGGGCGUCGCCAACACCGCUCUCACUGCUUUGAACGCCGUUGUCAACAUUGUUAUCCGUACAUUGAAGGAUGUCUUCGAUGUCGUUGGAAACUUGAUCCUGGUCCUCGAAGUGACCCUCGACAACUUGGUGUCUGGUCUCGGCUCCCUCUUCGUUCGUCUGGUCGCUGGCAUCCUCAAGAUCGCCGUCUGUAUCCUCGGUCUGCCAGGAGACAGCGGAAUCUGCGCUGAAGGCUGGAACGCCAACUUUGGCAUAGAGGGAGAGCUUUUUACUGGAGCCACCGUCGAGGAUUGCAUCGAGCUGUUCGACCUUGUUAAAGCUCAGGCGGAGCUCGAUGGUUACAUCAAUAUCCUUUCUGGAGGAAACGGACUGCAAUCUCUGUCGAACAAGGGUUCCAUCUACAUCGUCCUCAACCAAGUCAACACUCUCUGCGGUUACAUCACCAAUUAUGAGCAGAUCACCAAGGAGACCGUCACCCAAACCUUCGUUAUCAUGACCACUAUCUCCGCUUCCAUCAGUAACUCUCUCCAAUCUAACUCUGGAACCGAAGUGAUCGACAACCUCGUUAGCAAAUGCGGACCAUACUUCACACAAUCCAGAUACCCAGAUAUUACCGUUCAAUUAACCGUCAUCAAACAAACUUGCGAUGCUGCCAAUGGUGACAAUGUUGACUGGAACGGCAAUGGUAACAACGGAGGCAACACUGGAGGCAACACUGGAGGCAACACCGGAGGCAGCACCGGAGGCAACACUGGAGGCAACACCGGAGGCAGCACUGGAGGCAACACCGGAGGCAACUCUGGAGGCAACACCGGAGGCAGCACUGGAGGCAGCACCGGAGGCAACUCUGGAGGCAGCACUGGAGGCAACACCGGAGGCAGCACCGGAGGCAACUCUGGAGGCAGCACUGGAGGCAACACUGGCGUUUCCGUGGGCAUCAAUCUCGGUCUUGGAGGAGUCCUCAACGGAGUGUUCAAGGUCAUCAAGGGCGUCGCCAACACCGCGCUCACUGCUUUGAACGCCGUUGUCAACAUUGUUAUCCGUACCUUGAAGGAUGUCUUCGACGUCGUUGGAAACUUGAUCCUGGUUCUCCAAGUGACACUCAACAACUUGGUGUCUGGUCUCGGCUCCUUCUUCGUCCGUCUGGUCGCUUGCAUCAUCAAGAUCGCCGUCUGCAUUCUUGGACUCCCAGGAGACAGCGGAGUCUGCGCUAAGGGCUGGAACGCUAAGUUCGGCGUGCAAGGAGAACUCUCAGUCGGCGCCACCCCCGGAACUUGCAUCAAACUCUUCGGCCUUGCAGACGCUCAGGCACAACUCAACGGUUACAUCAACACCAUCUCUGGAGGAAAUGGACUGAAAUCUCUGUCAAACAAGGGUUCCGUCUACAUCGUUCUCAACCAAGUCAACACUCUCUGCGGUUACAUCACCAACUACCAGCAGAUCUCCAAAGAAACCGUAACCGAGACCUUCGUCGUCAUCACCACCGUAUCUGCAUCCAUCAGUAACUCCCGCAAAACGAACUCUGGAUCGGAAAUCGUUGAAAACCUGGUGAACAAGUGCGGCCCGUACUUCGCUCAGUCCGGAUACCCAGAUAUCACCAAGAAAGUGACGGUCAUCAAGCAGACCUGCAACGCUGCCAACGGCGAUAACGCCAAUUGGGACGGCAAGAAUUAAGAAACCGGAAGCUUAUAGUGUGUAACUCUACAUCAAAGAACGCGAGUGCAAAACCUCUCUAUAAAUAAAAGGACCAAAGACAACAAACUUUCGAUAUCAUACAUAAAAAAAAAAGUUUAUUUGCCAAAAAGUGUUACAAGUAUUUUACCCUUGACCACCACACUAGGCGAGGCCUGUCUCGUGGAGGCAGUCCAAACAUUACCAUUUACAUUUUUCCUACGCUGAAGAAACAAUUCUAAAGACUUACAGUAUAAAUAUUUAAGACUAUGACUAAAGCUAACCAGACUUAACAAAGGACCAGACUUAAAAGGGAUCAAGUCCUCUGAUCGAGCCGGGAAUUGAACCCAGGUGCAAUUCUGGUGGAAUCCUAUUGCAAAACUGAGAUAUCUAAACUCUUAUUAAAACAAUGUGCCCUCUUUAAAACAAUGGUUCUAUCGACUGUCCCCUAUCCUAGCUUUUGCACCCUUCUAGCCCUGUAUGUGUUAUACUUACCAAAAUAAAGGUGUUCUUGCAAC